CUAUUACACUUCUUAUUGCAUUUGCUUAAUAUAUAUAUUGUUUCAUUUACACAAGAUUCAACUAUAUGGCUAUAUCGGAUGACAUACAAAGAGAAAUGCCUAGUGACAAUGAUCGUUCUACUGGAAAGACCCUUGACUAUAAAGAGGCAGUUUUACUAACCAACCCAUCUAAUCCUACUAUGAAGGGAGAGGUAGAUGAUAAAUACCAAUACUCGUUAGAAAAUAAGGAUAAUAAAGUGCACGGAUGGAUUUGUCCAAACCCACAUGUUGGAUUUUGGAUCAUCACUGGGGCGGACGAGUUUCGUUCUGGAGGGCCAAUAAGACAAGAUCUCACCUCUCAUGUUGGCCCAACUGCCUUAUCGAUGUUUUUUAGCGGUCAUUAUGCUGGCUACAACUAUGGUGUUAGUUUGCGAAAUGGUGAAGCUUGGAAAAAGGUCUUUGGACCAGUUUUUAUUUAUCUCAAUUCUGACAACGACAGUGACCCGAAACCCCUCUGGAAAGAUGCUAAAAAACAGAUGGUAGCAGAAACUAAAAGCUGGCCUUACGACUUUCCCAAGUCAGAAGACUAUCCAAGUGCUAGUCAACGGGGAACAAUCACAGGUCGACUGCUAGUACGUGACAGGUAUCUAAAUGAGGAACUUAUCCCGGCAAAAUCUGCAUAUGUCGGUCUCGCUUCACCGGGUGCGGAUGGAUAUUGGCAAAAAGAUGCCAAGGGCUAUCAAUUUUGGACACAAACAGAUGACAAUGGAUAUUUCCGAAUCAGUGCAAUACGACCUGGAAAUUAUAACUUGUAUGGUUGGGUCCCUGGAAUCUUGGGAGACUAUAGAAACACAGUUGACAUUAUAAUAAGACCAGGAGAAGAAACAAAUCUAGGUGAACUUGAGUUUCAUCCUCCUAGAAAUGGCCCAACCAUAUGGGAAAUCGGCAUCCCGGAUAGAAAGGCAACAGAAUUCUUUAUACCUGAUCCUUCACCCAACCUCAUGAACUAUGCAUUGCUCAAUCAUACUGAAAAGUUUAGGCAGUAUGGAUUAUGGGAUCGGUACACGGAUAUAUACCCUUCCCAAGAUUUGGCUUACAGAGUUGGGAGAAGUGACUAUAAAAAAGAUUGGUUCUUUGCACAUGUCAGCAGGAAAGUCGGGGACAACUCGUACGAACCAACAACCUGGAGCAUUUCGUUCCCGAUGGAGAAUGUUAACCCCGUAGGAACCUAUACACUCCGUAUAGCGUUAGCUGCCACCAACUUAGACAGAAUUGAUGUUUUGAUCAACAACCAUAGUGCACGUGUUGGGUUCACGACGGAUGGAAGUGGAAGGGACAAUGCCAUUGCCCGGCACGGAAGUCACGGAGUGGAUACACUUUCGAGUUUUGAGUUUGGAGGAAAUGAACUCGUGAACGGAGAAAACACAAUAUAUUUAAGACAGGCAAGAGGUGGAUACCGAUUCACAGGAGUCAUGUAUGACUACAUUCGUUUGGAAGGACCAGGCGUCUGAUAUUUUUAGUUGGCUAUGAGUUCGGUGUAGAUAUAUAGUAUACCCAUUAUUUACCUUCGCAUUUUUUUUGCACUUAUUCGAGAUAUUUAUAUAGAACUAGGCUAAGAUAAUCCUAUAGUUUUUUUUAUAUAAAUAUUAAUCCUACAG